AAAUAUCCUACCAGCAUCGCGUCUCCGCUACUCACGCGCUUUGUUGCAGCAAAAUCUACCAUUGGUAUCAUCGCCAACUCGCAGAAUAGAUCCCGUUGAUCCCUACUGGUCCAGCGAGACUGUUCAAUUGUCCCACUAUGGCGCCUCUAAUUCUUCACAACGUCCCCGAUGACGAAUGUUACGUUGGCGACGACGGCGUCAAGAGACCCUACGCCAUGAUUUUCAACCAAAACGAUGGCGGUAGCACCAGAUCACGACGCGCGGUCGCCGAGACUGGCUCAUUUGGCAAAUCGACCCGACGAGCUCGCUCACGAACAGGAACACCAGCUCGAGGCACCAAAGAGAACCCGACGCUCGCCGCUGCCGACAAGCUCUUCGGUGACUGGGUAAACAACCAGGCUACAACGCCGACCAACUCGACAUCACAACGCAAAGCCGGUGCGCAAGACGACCCUGCGCCCCAACGCGCUUUCCAGUCAACGCCGGUAGAGCUCAUCCUGCGAGGCUACCGCAACGCGAACCAGCAAUACGCUGCCAUCUCCCAUUACGAAGACCUUGCUGGCCUCAUCCUUGAGGACUACCCUCGCGAUCCCCCCUCUACACAGCGACGAUACAAGUCAGACCUGCGCGACCCUGCCUUCACGCGGCGACGAAACUUAUCCCCCGAAGAACGAGCUCUCGUCAACCACGCCGAUGGCGGUGAGCACUGGGUCAAGAUCACGUUCGAGAGCACCGAAGCCGGCAAUGCGGCUAUUUACUCGAGCCCCCAGCGAAUCCUCGGGCACCUUGUCUACGCUGAACCCUACCGCGGCAUGGCACCAGCAAAGGACGAGCCAUGCCCCGAUGUCGAAUUUUUCCAAGAAUCCCACUUUGAGCGAUCACAGAGCAUGCCUGCCGGUCUUGGCAGCUUCGGCACCCCGAAAAAGCACUCUUCCGCCGGUCUUCCAAGCUCCUUCAGCAGCCGCUUGCUCGACCUAAACUCACCUGAUACCCGAAGCGAAACGCUCGACACGGCCACUAUGUCGCCAUCCCGGGCAUCGACGAUUGGUCCCUCCGACCCCUGGCCCUCGCUGAGCAGCCCUCCUAGCCACAGCACUGCUGUUGAGCCCAUGUCUAUCGAGACCGAGCAACAGGAUGGCGCAUACUGCCGUCGCAUUCCCACAGCCCGCCGCGCCAGACUUCUUCCUGCCGAGCAGGCUCUUCUCCCUCAGCAGUCAGUCAUGCAGCGUGUUGUUGGCGCUGUGCCAUUCAUAAAAUGGUUCAGCGGCAGCAUGAUUGGCAAUGAGGUGCCGCGAAUGGAGUCGGGCGAGUUUGACUGGAACCGCGCCAGCCUGUACUGGAAGAUUAUCUGGUGGCUUGAUGCCACUUUUGGUCUCUUCAAGGGUGACGUUUGCAGCGUCGACAAGGACGACUAAGAGGGGUGGGCAAUCUUGCUCGCAUAUCGGGAGACGUGAUUUAAUGUAUGAUACUAUUUUCGGUAACAUGGUGGAAAGCGAAUGGCAUCGUCUGCGACGGUAUGGAGUCGUGUGGCGAGCUGCCAUCAUCAGUUUCAUGGGCGGCGUUGGUAUGCAUAGACGUUUCAAAUUUUACAUGUGCGGACUUGCCGCAGUAAUAAUCAAGUCGAAUCUUUCUCUUGAGUUCAUAUGUGAAGUGGGUUGGUAAUGAAUCGAAUAAACAAACGGCCAACCGCCCUAAUCACAUUAAGAGUAUAUACAAUCCUACUGGCCAAAACAAGAAACAAAAAAGCACAACGCUAAUCCAAUACGGUUGAUGUAAAUCCCACCUCUUACUCUCCACAUCUAGUUCAUUAUUUCCGUCGCCAUAUGUUAUCAGACUCUGCUUCCUCCGGCAUCGAAUCGUACUCUUCUCUUUGUACUGGGGUAUCUGGCCACAUCCUUCCACGAUCAUCGUCAUCUUCGUCUGCGUCUUUGUCUCCUUGAUCCGUCUUAAUAGGCUCUGGAUCAGGAGCAUACAUGUUCGCCACAGUAUCUGCAGGUACCGUGUUCUCAGAUCCAUCCUGCGUGUCGACCUCUUGCCUUACUUCAGGUUGCUCUUCAGAAGUUUCGUUAUCGUCUUGUUGAUUUUGUUGGGCAGCGCCAUCCUGAUCACCUGCCAACGCUGCUGCUGCUCCGAGAGAAUCAAUCGUCACAUCAACAGGAAUGCGGCGGAUGGGUUGUGGCGAAAACGGUCGAGCAUUGCGGGGUUUGUUGAAAUCUGUCGAGUAGGCAUUUUCAGCAUCUCCCGGUUUGACGUCAGAUGCUACUGCAGAGAGAGAUUGGUAUCGCUCCGUGUCCACAAGAAGGCUGUCGCUUCGCCCGUGGUUUGGUCGUGGCCCUUCGGAGCCCGUAUCUGCCAGGAUACUCUUUGGCGGGAGGAUAGAGAACAGCUUAACUCCAUCGCUUCCUGAAGCUCCCUGGCCGCUGGCUAAAUCAGUUGCAAACAGAUCUUGACCCUUCUCUAGAAUGUCUUCCAAGCCACCACCUGACCAACCCUUCUUAGCCAGGCUCUCAAAGAUAUCAACUUCAGCCCGUACUAGACUGCAGCUUGCGUCGACAAUUCUUGAGCUAGUCUCUUGGCUUUCGCGGAGCAUCGUGCGCGCAUGGUCGCCAUGCAGUGUGGUGAGCCCGUCCAACUUGCUUGUCAGCUCAACCAGAUGCGCUCUGAAUCGAGCAACGUCUCGUCUCUUUUGCUUGUGUAAUUUCAUGCCCUCCUUUUCUAACCGUUUAACUUCUUUUGCUUGCGUCUUGAUCUUUUGUUGGUAUGUAUCUUCUUCGUCAUCUAUGACUGCCUGCCAUCGAUCGAGGUCGUGAAGCAGUGGUACUUCAAAGGAUCGAUAUACGGUUUCUGAUAGGAUUUGAUGGUGGUUUGCAACAAGAUGGUGCACUCCGGCAGUUGCAAGGAGGUUAUCCGCUGUGCAAGCUCCCUUUGUAGUAAAGCUUGCCGCAAGACUCGCGCCGCUCGACGGGCCAAGAGGCUCAGCGCGAGACUCUUUUAGUCGCGCGCAUGCUUCUAGCGCCGAACCAAACUCGGAUGCUGCAGUAGAUAUAGACGCUAGAGCCUGUCUGUAGGCCUUUGCUGACGCGAGUAAAUCCGAAUAUGCCUGUUGGGAGUUUGCUAAGUCGUUCUUGGUCAAGAUAGCGUGGGCUGGGCGAGGAGCGGGUGGAACGGGGAGGUUAUAUUGUGAGAUGGGGUUCGCAGUCGAUGCUAUUGAGUACACUGGCGAUGACGGUACAGGUGGAAGCUGCGACGGUGAGGGCGAUACCGGUCGAGCGUCCUCGUCGAGGGACGUCAUUACGCAAAAGAGUGUCUCUUUGUUCGGUGGGUGGUUCGGCCAGGGGAUGUUUUACUUGCACACGGUGCCGUCACCAACGUCUCUCGCGACCGUGUUUGUCGUUUGUUUCGUGCCUCUGCCCCAGUGAAUAUUUGUAAAGGACUAGUCGGGCUGUGUGGUUUGCAAGGCGGCGAAGGGAGAGCUGCUGGCGUACGGUGGACAAGUAUCAGCCGGAAUGAGGCGACUACAAAGGUUGCGGUUCUGUUUUGCUCGGCGCGGCAACCACUGAUGCAUCCACUAUAAACCGCACCUGCUAGGCGCCGUUUCUUUGUUCGCUAGUGCGCUGGGGCGGUGCGCUAUAUACCUGCUGGGCGAGGAAGGAAGAAAGCGGCAGCAAAACUGUCGAAACUGGUGAAAUAGACUGAAUUUUGGUUCAUAAAUCAAAAAGCAAAUUUUCUCGGUAGUGUCCUUUGUGCGAUUACCCAAUCCUGUCUCAGGACGCUAUUAAUGCAGCUGUGUCGAUGUAGCGUCACAUGAGGUUGCCAUCACGCGUCUCGUACAUCGCGACGUCACCACCAAUAUGAAACGAAGUUCUGUACGACGACGUACCCGAAAAAUUAAAAUUGUACCAAAAAUCACUCACAAAAGCGCUUUGGCCAGAUCUACAACCAUGGCAGCGCCUUCAAAUUUUCAUACAGGGUAGUCAAUAUAUAAAACAGAGCUUUAUUAAGCUUCAAACCCGCUACCCAUGCAAUCAUGCAAUAACACUAUCUAAUGCAAAUAUGGACAUAUAAUACAGUAUGGACUAAUUUUCAUGUUCAUCUUCCACCCAGUCUUUGACGUGCUGGCCCCAACCUUUAUCGCUCUUUUGCGACACCGGGCCACAGAGCCAAGAGCACGCCAGAUGCUUGAAAGGAAUAGCCAUUUCGUCCUUGGCCAUGCUCAAAGGCUUAACUGACAGCUUUUUGGCGGGAGAAGCGGCCUCUGCGGUAUUUUUGACCGUGACGUACAGCUGUUUCCACUCAACCCAUUCCAGGGUUGGCCGAACAAGUGAACGGCGGCAGUGGCUGCAAACAAGUCCGCCAUCUUGCUUUUGAGCAGCUGUCUGAAGAAUGAGAUGGCGGAGGUUUUCCAAUCCCUCUGGGACAAAAUGUGCUAGCUCAGCAGGCUUUGCUAGAUCUGCACAGCUUCUGGCCGCCGCCUCCAUAAGACUAGGGACUCUGCUUGGGCGAGGCUCGUCGCAUACACUGUCGGCAUUGAAUACCGGUAGAGUCACGGAGCUGUCACAUGCAGGAAACUUGAACUUUGACAGCACUCGACCUUGAGAAGUGGUUGUCUGGAUCUGACUAUUUCCCAAGUGGCGGGAUAAGAAGCGUGGUUGCCAAUCCGAGAGCUUCUCGACAGCGGUGGCCGCCAUAGGGGCACUGUGCUCUAACGUUUCUUGGGGCUUAAAGAACGGAUUUGGGAACAGAACAAGCUUCUUCAGUUUCGACUCUGGCUGGAAUAGAUCGGUAAACUCUGCCGGAAGAUACUGUAAGCGGUUCUGCGACACAUUGAGCUCCGUCAGGUUGGUAAGACGGCAUAUGGAAGGAGGUAGCUCCGAGAUAUUGUUCUCCCGAAUACUGAGAACUGUAAGAUGUGUCAAGUCGAACAAUGCGCCAGGGAGCCGGCCAAGACUAUUUCUAGCCAGGUAUAUUUUGAGCUCAGGCUCCUUGGUUUCAAAAGCCACAUCUUUAGUGACUUGUGGUAUAUGCGAUAACUGGGUCAGAGGGCUGAUUGUUUCAUUGGACAGCUCCCGCAGACCCAUGGACCAGAAAUCAAUAGAUUCCUCACCCUUCUCUAGACAAACGCGGAUCUUCUCUCGGGCUGCCUUUUCGGCCUCUGAGAGGCGAGACAGAUUUGGCCGAACGACAAUUGGUCUUGUGGGAGUUGUGGGCACCACAGGCAGCUCCAGCAUAUCAUCGGUAUCGGUUCCAUCGCUUCCCAAGUAAACACCACUGUCGAGCUGUCGCCUCAGCGUUCGUUUUUGCUUCGGAAGUGGUUGUUGGCCAUCGCUGUAAGCCGAAUCCGACGAUGUCGGGAAUUGGUUGUACCAGGAGCCCAAAUAUUUUCUCUUUCGGCGGCCGGCGACGUAGUUGUCUAAGCCAGGAUCGUCAUCACUCGAAAAGACGGCGGGAUCACUAGAGCUGCAGAACAAUUGCCCUCCAACGUCUGGCCGGAGACGCUUCCGCGAGCCUUUUGAAAAACUCUGGGAUUGCGCGUCCCAUGAAACUGCGGGGAGGGCGGGGAGGGAAGGUUCUUCGGCCAUGGAAAUCGACACCGGCUCCCUUCAAUGUGUCAGAAUCAUUAAAAUCUAAAUAUGGAGGUGGGCUAGGGCGAGUUAUGAUGGCUAUGUUUACGCGCUUACACGACGCGUCGGUAUCCAUCACGUGCGCUGUCCCCAACUGUUUAUAACGUGGGGCCUUAAUCUUCAAGGGUCUUGAUGUACACUCGUAUCAUUCAGGAACCAUGCUGUCCUGGCUGAUAUUUUGUUUAAUUUUUUUUUAAGUCUUGUAGUAAAUGCUUUAUAUCAUGCUUAGUCCCAAUCAUCAUCGUCAUCAUCAUUAACAGUCGAUCGCGUAAGGUUGCCUGACUUGAUGGACUUUCCACCAGCAGCCAAGCGCUCGUCUUCUUCAUCCUCAGCGGCCCUUCUUCUCUUUACGACUCGCAAGUCUGUAUCUGGUACAGCGCCGACGUCGACCAGCAAGUUGUCGAUGUUGCGCAUAUUUGUACGAACUCCACCGAUGGUGACGAGGGUGACAAUCUGCUUGACAAUGUCGCCGUUCUUGUAAACCAAAAUCGUGGGGCAGUUGCGAUCAGGGUAGUUUUCGAUAGCCUGGUUCGCUCGAAUUUCGCAAAACUUGAUAUCACCGUACUCCUUGGCUGCUUGUCGCCAGAGCUCCGACAGGACCCUGGAUUCAACAUUGGUGCCCAUGGAUGAUGUGAGGUUGACGAAGACAGGUCCAUUUUGUGAUGCAUCGGUGACCUCUCGCUGGUAAUCUGGCUUUGAAAUAGGGUAAACUGUGCCGUGAAUUGACUUUUGCUGUAGCUUGUUCAACUCGGCCAUACGCUUUUGUCGGUAUUGUUCCAAGAAGUCCUCAUCCUCGUCGUCCUCGAGCUCGUCUAGCUCGUCUAAGUCCUUUCCUUCCAGUCUGUUUUCAUGAGCGAGUCUUCGGCCUUCAAGAAUAGCUUCCUCAAUCAUCGGUGUCGGACUUGGGGGCUUCUCAGGUAUGAUACCCUGUUUGCGCAAGAUGUCGUUCCUACAACAUCCUAGUUAGCGCCGGCUCGGGACCCCUCACUAGGAACGAUUGUGGAAGCAAACCUACCAUUCUGUGUCUGCAUUCGGGUCGCCUAUCGGCACCGAUAUUCUCUGGUCUACAGGCGCAGCCAUUUCGUAGAUAAUUGGGUUUAGUUUAUGGCAAUGUAAGAUCGACCGUUACGAAAACGCCAUGACGAAAGCCCUCUAAAGCUGUAGCCUACUGCGAAUCUUCCCCGAGCUUCGCCAGCCCCACAUCGAAC